UGAUUAGUUUCGACAAAUACUGUUAUCAGGGCGAUUUUGUUCACUAAAAUGCGAUAAAAGCUGAAAGGACGUACGUGCUUCAUAAAUUACAGUAUUUGGAUCACAGCGGAACAGUUUUGGGGACCAGAGAGAGAGCACCCAAAAACCACCUUCUAACGCCAAACAUGUUUGAUUUUACGUAUGAGCGGAAAAUCGAGUCAUAUAUCCCAGUAGCCUAAAGAGAGUAAGACGAUAAUGUUGAAUGCAUUUCGAGGCGUUACAUAAAGAGUUAAAGAAGCGCGACUGCGUGCCCUCCUUUUUUCUUGCCCUGCUCGUGCAACCGGCUCAACACUCAGCAGUAGCAGGGCGGUCACGGACGACGGCUCGACGUGGAAGACGAGAAUGGGAGAACAACACGUUUUAUAACAAUUGCUGGCCUCAUGGACUCACGUUGUCACGUUUAAUGAGGCAAAAAAAAAAAAAAAAACCCGACGACACGACUCGUGACUUAAAAAAAACCCGUUCCCAAAACUAGACGAAAUGGACGGAGGGUUGAGCAUUACAUUAAUAUCGGUAGUAAUGUUUGUCGGUUCUUUCCUACUCGGAUUCAUCCCUUUGUUGUUUCGACUUUCGGAGAGAAGCCUGCACUUGGUCUCCAUCCUGGGUGCAGGUUUCUUGUGCGGAACAGCCCUUGCCAUCACCGUCCCUGAAGGAGUGGGCUUAAUGCAAGAGUCGUGGACACACCAAAAUGCUUCUUUAUCUGCUGGCAACGAUUCUUCCAGAGAAAGUGCUUCCUCGCCUCAGCCUUGGAUUGGUGUGGCUUUGACGUCUGGCUUCACCUUCAUGUUUGUUGUGGAUCAGCUGGCAAGUUACUUCUCGGUUUGCGGAAAAACGAAUCCCAACAGUGAUGCCAUCACAGCCACGCUGGGGCUGGUUAUUCACGCCGCAGGUAGAGUAAUAUUAAUAUUAACUCCACUUCUAUAUGCCCAAGAUUCGGAGAUCCGGCUUCUGGAAGAGGCAAACAGGCUCCGCGCCGAGCUGAGGCGGCUGCAAGCCGACUCGGAGAGAAGCGAAGAGCCCGGUUCCUCCGAGGAGCCCGCGAGUGAGGCGGGCGAGCUGAGGCAGCAGCUCCUGCGGGCGUUCGGCGAGCUGAGAGCGGCCGAGGACAGAGAUUACAUGACACAGCACCGGCUCAAAUGGCUCCGGGAAGAGAAGCGGUGUCUGCUGAAGGAGAACGACAUCACGGCGAAACUUGAUUGGUCAAAUCUUGAUGACUGUAUAACGGGACUGAGAUGCUUUUGUGUAUAUCCUUAUUUUUGUAAUUGGUCUUUUCUUGUAGCUUCUUUAUCUGCUGGCAACGAUUCUUCCAGAGAAAGUGCUUCCUCGCCUCAGCCUUGGAUUGGUGUGGCUUUGACGUCUGGCUUCACCUUCAUGUUUGUUGUGGAUCAGCUGGCAAGUUACUUCUCGGUUUGCGGAAAAACGAAUCCCAACAGUGAUGCCAUCACAGCCACGCUGGGGCUGGUUAUUCACGCCGCAGCUGACGGCUUCGCUCUGGGUGCAGUGGUAGCCACAGGCCAGGUGACAGUGCAAGUCAUCGUGUUUUUAGCCGUGAUUCUACACAAGGCUCCGGCAGCUUUCGGUUUAGUUGCCUUUCUGAUACAUGCGGGACUGGAAAAGAGGUCCAUCCAGGGACAUUUGUUGGCCUUUUCAGCUGCAGCACCACUCGUUGCCAUCCCGACAUACUUCAUACUGCACAUGACUUCCUCGUCACCUCAGAACCAACUCGGCGCAACGGGUGUCGGUAUGCUUUUCUCGGGUGGGACUUUCCUUUUUGUGGCCACGGUGCACGUUCUUCCUGACAUCAUCAGCAGUAGCAGUGGCAGUCGUGCAGGCCAACAGUCUGGUCACCCCAAGCACCAGAGCCACUUAGGCCUUAAGGAGAGCGUCGCUCUUGUUUUCGGAAUUGCGCUUCCUGUGCUGCUGGCUCUGGGACUUCAUGAUGACUGACAAGGACUUGGAAGUCGAACCUGAACAUUUGUAGAACUAUAGACAUUGCUGUUCACUCAGAAUGUGAAUGCAGAGUGAAGCUGUCGCCAAGCUGAUGUGGCAAGCAGAGAAAUGAAAUGGGAACAUCGGUUAAUGGACCACAAGAUUUCACAUCAUUUGUGAGAGUAAAAGGAUGACAAUCUGGAUGCAGGUCACGGUCAAGAUUUUGCCUUGGAGACAAACGUGUCAGUGCCCCACCAGAUGACACUAAUAAAUGACGGACGAUUUGUUGUCUGUGUGGAUUCGUUCCUACAGUACACUGAAGAAAAAUCCCAAAUUUAAAAUAAGGCGCAUCAGACAGUACUGCAGCGAGAACUAAAGUCAGCUAUUAAUGUCGCCCUGCCAACUCUUUUCAUAUAAAACACCACUGUGAGUGCUUUGAGGCACUGCUCUGAUGCCAUUGCUUUUCUCUCCAUAACCUCACCAUUUUUUUAAAAACUGUGCCAUCAAAACACAUCCCGAACAAGCUACAUACACAGACUUUUCAUUGAGUCUGAAGCACGAAAAACAUGUCGACAAAUAUUUUUGACACAGUUGUUCUCAUAAAUUGACCUCCGCCUCGGGUAUGUAAACGUAUGAGCUCAUAAAAGUACAUACUCUUGCGGUAUGUGCACAGCUUUAUUAGCAUUAUUCGUGUGAAUGCGCCUGUAACAUAACUGGCUGAAUGGCACAAUGAUGGAACACGGGUUUUUGUAGGUCAAGUACAUUGAGAGGCAAUUUACCCUUGUUCAUCUGUUCCCAGGGAAACUCGCCCUUGGGUUGAGUGAUUGUUGUGGAUUAAAGCAGCUUGAAUUUU